AAAAAGAAGCCGCUGCUUGGCAAGUGCGCCUCAUGAGAAGUUGCAACUUGAAAAGAAAGGAAAACAUUUAAAAAAUCAUAGAGGUUCUCGUUUAGUCAUUUUCAAUCUCACAUUCACAUUGCAGCAGGCACCAAGAAAAUAUCUACUCGAGAGUUGAGAUAUAUCUCAGAUCUAAAAUACAAGAGCACUCCAGGAAGGCAACAUUCAACAAAUAGAGCAAAGCAAGCAGAAUAUAUAUGGCUUCUCUGACCAAUGAAGCAGCAGCCAAUUCAUCUUCUUCUCUCCCACUUUCUUCUACUGAGCAAAAUCAUUACACAUACGAGGUCUUCCUGAGUUUUCGAGGCGAGGAUACGCGCUUUAAUUUCACAGAUCAUUUGCACACCGCUUUGGAUGACAGGGGAAUUAAGACCUUCAUAGAUGAUGAACUCAGAAGAGGAGAGGAAAUAUCCGCGGCUCUUCUCAAAGCAAUUGAGGAGUCAAGAGUUUCAGUCAUCAUCUUCUCUCAAAAUUAUGCUUCGUCAAGGUGGUGCUUAGAUGAGCUGGUCAAGAUACUUGAAUGCAGAAAAUCCAAAGGACAGGAGGUUAGACCUGUAUUUUACAAGGUUGAUCCCUCAGAUGUACGACACCAAAGUGGUGCUUUCGGUGUGGCAUUUGCUACGGUUGAUCAAUGCAAAUACAAGAAUAACAUGGACAAAUGGAAGGCAGCUCUCAAGGAAGCGGCAGAUUUGUCUGGAUGGCCUUUCAAGGAUGGCGAGUCCGAGGCUAAAUUUGUCAAGAAGAUUGUUGGGGAGUUGUCCGCCCGAGUAGUAAACCCUUCAUGUGAGUUGCACGUUACAGAACAUCCAAUUGGAUUGCAGUCUUGUAGACAAGAUGUCAUCAGACUUCUACAUGCUGAGGAAAAUGUUGUUCGCAUGGUAGGCAUAUGGGGGCCUGGUGGAAUAGGAAAGACCACAAUUGCGAAAGAUGUGUUUAAUUCUAUUCACCGUAAGUUUGAAGGUACUUGUUUUUUAGCGGAUGUUAGAUCAAAUUCAAAUGACAUAGCCAAACUGCAAGAGACACUUUUGCUUGAUAUUUUAGGCGACCCAGAUUUGAAGGUGAGCAAUGUUGAUAAAGGAGUCAGUUUGAUAAAGACAAGGAUGCGAUGUAAAACAGUUCUCUUAAUCCUUGAUGACGUGAGUGAUUAUAGCCAAUUACAGAAGUUAGUUCCAUCCCCUGAUUGUUUUGGGCUGGGUAGUAGAAUUCUCAUAACAACAAGAGAUAAAGGCUGGCUAACUAGUCGAGUUGAUGAAGUGUAUAAGGUCAAAAUGUUAAAUGAUGAUCAAGCUUUGGAGUUGUUUAGCUUGCAUGCAUUCAAAAGUAAUGGACCUCUGGAUGAUUACCUGGAGCUUGCACGACGUGCGGUACACUAUGCCGGGGGCCUUCCAUUAGCUUUGAUACUUUUAGGCUCUCAUCUGUAUUCUAAAAGCAGAGAUGAGUGGGAAGCCACAUUAGAUGGUUGUAGAGGCGAAGAUCCCCACCGAAAGAUAAAAAGGGUUCUCCAAAUAAGUUAUGAUGCUCUAGGAACAGAUUUAAAAGGAUGUUUUCUUGAUAUCGCUUGUUUUUUUAAGGGUGAGUAUGUAGACGAUGUGAAACCAAUACUAGAAGCUUGCUACGACCUCAAAUCAGGGUAUGGUAUUCCACAACUCGAAGAAAAGGCCUUAAUAAGAAUUGACAAAGAUUGGAAGGGCAGUAGUAUUUGGAUGCAUGACUUGAUAGAAGAAAUGGGUAAAGACAUGGCAUGUCAAAAGGGUGAGCCCGGCAAAAGCAGUAGAUUGUGGAACUACGAUGAUAUCUACCAUGUUUUAACAGAUAAUAUAGGAACAGAGACAAUAAAAGGCAUUCAAGUACAGGCUGUAAAGUGGGACCAAAGAUACGAUGAGAUAUGUUUGAAUGCUAAAAGCUUUUCAGAGAUGAAAUAUCUCAGAUACUUUUCUAGCAGCAGUUCUAUAGAGUAUUCUGGGAACAUUGAUUAUCUACCCAACGAGUUGAGGUGGCUUAAUUGGUCCAGUUGUCCGAUACAAUCGUUUCCUUCAAAUUUUUAUCCAAGGAAACUUGUAAGGCUCAAUAUUACUUACAGCCCUCGCAUCACACGACUAUGGGAGGGAGUUAAGAAUUCUCCAUUUCUAACACAUAUGGAUUUAAGAGGCUGUAAAUCCCUAACAGAACUCCCAGACUUCGCCCGAAUACCCAAUUUAAAAGUGCUGAACUUAGAUGGUUGUGAAAGUUUAGUUGAGGUUCAUCAGUCUAUUGGAUCCCUACAUAAGCUUGUGACCUUAGAUCUUGGAGGCUGCUUUAACAUUGUUAAGUUGCCCAGCGAAAUUAGCUUGAAGUCUCUCCUUGCUCUGGAUCUUAGUGAUUGCACUAGGCUAGAGGAAUUUCCAAAAAUUACUGGAAAGAUGGAUUCAUUGACAGAGUUGAAUCUAAGAAGCAGUGGCAUUAUAGAAUUGCAUCAGUCAAUUGAAAAUCUCACUGGGCUUAAACGGUUAUGUCUAGUAGACUGUAAAAAUCUUGCAACUCUACCAUGCAGCAUAUGUGAGUUACAAAAUCUAGUUCUCCUAGAUGUGAGUGGAUGCUCAAAACUUGUUACAUUUCCAACAAAAGCAAGCAUUUCACAUGAUCAUGACAGUGGUUCACUAGUGCUUCCCAAGCUCCGUGUACUCAGAAUCAACGGAUGUAAUUUAUCAACUGCUGAUUUCAUUGGGAGUCUUGAUUGCUUGGAAACAUUAACCGAACUUGAUCUCUCAAGUAACAAUUUUGUUAAUGUUCCUGUACUUGCCAGAUUUGUCAAGUUGCCAAGGAUUGAAUUGUAUUGUUGCAAGAGACUUCAAGAGAUUCCCGAGCUUCCACCAAAUAUACUCUAUGUAAAUGCGUGGAAUUGCGAAUCACUGGAGAGAUUUUCUAUAUGGCCCAAGUCUUUGAAAAUGCUACAGAUGAACUUGUGGAAUUGCCAUAGAUUUAGUUACAAUCUGGAAAAUAUUUUGCUGAAUAACCAGAACAACUGCCGGUUUAGUCUUGUAUUACCGGGUAGUGAGGUUCCGAAGUGGUUCCAUUGUUCGAAGGAGGUUGGUGCUAAGGAAAAAGGCUGGAACAGGACAUGUGCAAUUUCUUUUGAAAUCCCAAGCAAAUUGAAUUGGAAUAACAUAGGAGUGGCUGUUUGUUCUGUUUCAGUUGAGGAACGUCUCGUAGGAGCUGAUAUUUUCAUCAAUGGGGUAUUCGUACGUCGGGGUUCCAAGUUGCCCAGUUGCUUCUAUCCAACGAAAGACCAUAUGUGGGUAACUUAUAUUCCAUUAUCUGAUGAAAUAAAGGGAAAGGUGGAUCAAAAGGGUUGGUCGCGUUAUCACUGUCGAGUUCAAUUUUACUCCUCGUAUGAUGCUCCAAUGAAAAGCUGUGGGGUUCACCUCGUAUGCCAACCACCAAAGGAACCUGUCGAUGAGAGUGGUAUGCUCGACUGCUUUUCGUGGUUUUCGACAAUUGAAGAUUAUUGUGAAUCAGUGGUCGGCCUAGACAUAAGAGAUUAUGAAUCACUAGACACAGAGGGGACAUCAGAGUUACUAGACACAGGGGGGACGUCGGAGUCAAGUGCACAUUAUUAUCAAUCACCGGACAGAGAGGGGGCGUCGCUGUCAAUUAAAGAUGAUGCUGAAGAAGAGCCAACUCUGUCGUCACAGCUUUCUUUGUCUUCCAAACCUCAGAAACGAUACCGCACAUUCUUAGAUGGUGAAGAAUCAUCAACAGAGAAUCCUCCAAAACGACAACGCGCUGCCGGGCAACCAUCAAUGGUCCAUUUUGCUCAUGAUCCCUGACCUGCAUAGCUUCAACACCAAGAGGAACCAACUGAGUUGUUAAGGCUUUCUCUGUCUUCAGAACCAACAAAACCUCAUGGCUCAGUUGAAGGUGAUCAAGACCCCUGUAUGUCUUUGUCUCUGCUACCAACACUACCAUCCACUUGGGGUGAUCAAUCUGUAAGUUCCCAUCACACAACCACUCUCGAUGAGUGGCAUGCUAGACUGGCUUUCGUCUGCGAAUCCUGAACAAAAGAUCCAACGAGGAUUAUGACCAUCAACAAGAGCAGCAGGAGCAACCAUUUCCUUCAAAACGACACUGCACUGAGGAGCAACCAUCAAUGCCUCCAAUCCACAUCAUCGAUGAUGUAUGUGAUGGAGUCCACUGGAUCAAAUCUUCCCGACUUCUGAUUGGCAAGCAAAUCUUGAUCUUCUUCCCAAUUUGCUGCUGAGUCUCGCGAAUCAAAUCCAGAGUUCCAACAAUGAUGCCAUGCACUUAGAUAUGUUCUUUCAGAUACUACCAGCUAUUUUCAGUGGGGACUAUAGAUUUUCCACUCAGAAAGGUUACAGACUCUGGCCAAUUUAGCUACAUGCUGAAUGCUGAUCCAACUCAAUUUGAGACGACUGCAAAUAAGCUAGAAGCAAAGGUUACAACUCGAAAUUUCAUAAAUAUGGCCAAUAAUUUAUCAACUUCUAUACAAAAAGUUUUUGGUAUCAGAAGUUCUAGCCUAGCUUUGGCCAAGUAUCUCGCUUCAAGGUGAUGCGGCAGGAGGAUGCUGACCUUCUUGAGGAAGAAGGAAUUGGUUUUCAUUGUUUUUAAGGUUGGAAUUAAUACUAUGAGUAGUUACGCCUUCGUGGAGUUUGCCACUGUUGUAGAUUCAUGCAAGCAAGCAUCAAUUCAGCAGCACGUAUUUAGUAGCCUACCACCAAUCUGGAUUACCAUUCACAAGGUCUAGUGGCAGUCGAUCAUAUGUGGCAGUUGAUGAGGGUUUUCAAUCAUAAGCAAGUGGUGUGAGUCUCUUUCAAGAAGAGAAUGCAAAGAAUGAGAAAUUAUGUGAGACCGUACUCAACAAGUAACUGGUUUGAUUGUGAACGAGGACUUUCCAGUUUAUAGUCAUGUUAGAGAAAAUGGUAAAAAAAAAGAAAUAGCUACUGUUGGACCAGCUGUUGUUUGUGCAAUCACUCCAGCUAUGGAGAAAACAAUACAUUUGGCUAUACAUUGCUUUCUGAGAGGAGCGGGACAUAAAGCAGUUAAUCAAUUGGAAAAAUCAGUUAACUAAAAACUUGAAGCUACUGUAUCCAGGCAAAUCAAGGCGCAGUUUCAAACAUCGGGUAAACAAGCUCUUCAGUAAACCUUUUAAUAUAUAUAUAUAUAUAUAUAUAUAUAACCUUUUCACAUGGGAUGCUCUCAAGUCUAGCAUGGAAGCUUCAGUUGUACCUGCCUUUGAGAAGCCAUGUAAAGCCAUGUUUGAGCAAGUAGAUGCCACAUUCCAGAAAGGAAUAGUUGAACAUGCAACUGUGGUUCAGCAACAUUUUGAGUCUGCACAUUCACCAUUGGCCCAUGCUUUAAGGACAUACGCCCUGUUGUUGAAGAUGUGCUGCAGAAAGAAGAGGAUGAAGGUGCUCUACUUCUUGUUAGACCAAAUGUAUAAGAAUGACAUUUGUAUCAAUGCUGGAACCUACGCACUCUUGGUACGUGGGAUGUGCAAGAAUGAUAAACUCGAAAACGCAUGCUCCUUCUUUGAGGAGAUGGUAUUGAAGGGUUUUGUUCCCGAGGACAGCACAUAUAACUUGAUAGUGGCGAGACUUUUCUGAUGGUCAGAGCAAGCAAGGGAUGUGAUCUAAUGGCAUGAUGCUGGAGCCAUAAGCAUAUAUGGUGCUGGUGUUGUAUGCUGAGGUUAUUUCAGAAUAACAGUGCUUAUUAAGAAGUUCUAGCCUGGCUUUGGCAAAGUAUCUUGCUUCAAGGUGAUGCGGCAGGUGGAAGAAGGAAUUGGUUUUCAUUGUUUUUAAGGAUGGAAUUGAUUCUGUGAGUAGUUACUCCUUCUUGGAGUUUGGCAGUUUGCCUCUGUUGUAGAUUCAUGCAAGCAAGCAUUAAUUAUGUGCAUCAAUUCAGCAGCACAUAUUCAGUAGCUAGCGCCAAUCUGGAUUACCAUUCACAAGCGAUCUUAUGUGGUGGUUGAAGAGGGUUUUCACAGUCAUAAGCAAGUGGCAUGAGUGUAUUUAGAGGCUGCUGCAGGAUCAAGCUCUCUCUAACAAGUAACAAGCGAACCAAUAGUGAUAUACACCAACAGUGGUGAGACCAUUUGUUGGUCAGAGCAAGCAAUGGGUGCCAUCGAGUGGGCAGGUUGAUGAAGAGUUUGCAGACAUAGUCAUAGACAAGUGGCGUUAGGCUGGAGCUUCCCUGUUUGGAGGCUGCUGCAGAACAACUCCAAAUACCAUCACGGCAAUAUCUAACGUUCUUUCUAACAAGCUAGUCUUUUGUAGUUGAGUUAUGAAAAUGAGAUGUAAAUAUUUGUAAUCCGAUGCUAAGAAUAAGGGCACAUGUCUUUUUCAUUUCCUUGUUUUGUAACUCAGAGGAAGUAGCAAAUUACUAUCACCAUGGUGCUGCUGCUAUAUGAUGACAGGUGAGGUUGUUUCACAUCCAAUAACAGUGCGUGUUACCUUUCAAAGUGAAAUCUCACUAACAUUCCGUAGUGUGUACUAAACAAGCUUGUGAAAUUUGAUUGGCAUUCUACUAGUCAUAUAAACAGAAAAUCUUGAAAAGUUAGCUCAUUUAAAUCUAAAUUGAGUUCUACA